CUCCCAUCUCGAUUUGUUAUAAGCAGUCCCCCCUCCCCAUUACCUGAGCUGUGAAAUUCCCAUAUUGCCCCUGCCUGUUCUUCUCUACAACUCAAAGUGGGAUCUCUCUCUCUCUCUCUUUCACUUCAGAGGAAACUCGUGCAUGUUUCAACCUUUUGUUUUUUGGAGGGUUGUUGAAGACAAACGCAUGGAACCAUAUGUUUUCCUGUUAGAAUUAAUUAAAGGUUGUUUUUGGAUAGUUUCGCAAAAUUUCAGUUUCAGGUAUCUCUAAUUCAUCUUGUUAGAGAGAGACAGAGAGACAGGAUUUAAUUGCAUUUGCAUUACCAUUUCACUAUCUUCAUCUUCAUAAGUAUAGUGCAUUUUAUCUAUAGAGCAAUUCUUGAUAUGUAGAGAGAGGGGGAGAGUGAGAAUUUUGCAAUGUGAUCAUAAUAAAUUAUUUGUUUGCUUUUUAAAUUUAUUAAUUCUUACCUGUUUCCAUGCAAAAAAUCAGUAAUUGUACUAUAUGUGAAGAAACUGGUUAGAAAACAAGUGCAUAUUUGAUGUUCCAAUAACAAAAUGGGGAAGAGAAGGUUUCUGUUUUCAGCAGUGAAGAAAGCUAUUACUUGCCAAUCCAAACAAAAACAAGAAAAGAGGACUAGGAAAGGAAGAGGAUGUUUCAGGAGGCAACAGAGCGUGAAUAUGGAGGCUGUCGGUGCGGAGAAGGCCGUUGUCCUUCGAGAAACUCCACCUCCAACGCAGGAGGUGAAGUUGCACGAGGCGGAGAGCGAACAGAAGUUGCACGAGGCGGAGAGCGAACAGAAUAGGCACGCCUAUUCUGUUGCUCUCGUGACUGCCAUGGCUGCUGAGGCGGCCGUUGCAGCAGCCAACGCUGCUGCAGAGGUCGUCCGCCUCAGAGCCGCAGCGCAUGGCUCGGGCGAGACGAAGGAAGAGAUGGCCUCCAUCAAGAUUCAGGCAGCUUUCCGAGGUUAUGUGGCAAGGAGAGUUUUGAGGGCUCUGAGAGGCCUAAUGAGGCUGAAAACUGUGGUGGGAGGGAAGUCGGUCGAGAGGCAGGCGGCCGCGAGCUUGAAGUGUAUGCAGACGAUGGCUCGUCUGCAAUCUGAGAUUCGUGCAAGGCGAACCUUGUUGUUGGAGGAGAAUCCGUCCGUUCACAAACAGAACGGGCGGAUUCGUGACGAUGAUCUCGAUAAGUCCAGAGCAUUUAAAGGGGAAAAUUGGGAUCAAAGUUGUCGAUCUAAAGAGCAGAUUGAGGCAGAGAUGAAUUAUAAGCAGGAAGCUGCUAGAAGAAGAGAGAGAGCCUUAGCUUAUGCAUAUUCACAUCAGACACUUAAAAAUCCUUCGGAUUCCACGAACCAAGCAUUCGUGGAUCCGAUCAAUCCCGGGUGGGGAUGGAGCUGGUUGGAGAGGUGGAUGUCCGCGCGGCCGUGGGAGAAGGGCGACGUGGCCGAGUACGAAGCGGUAGCGAAGGCAGCCUCGGGCCGCGCCAUUGCUAUUCGUGGAGACACGAAGGUCCAGUCUCUGACUGCCCAGGGAGGCCGGCGGCCUCCCGGUAGGCAGUCACCAUCAACUCCCAAGUCGAGGGUCGGAGGGAGGAUUAGGCCUUGGAGCCCGAGGGAGGUUCUUGUCACGGAUGAUGACUCGAGGAGCCUGAAUAGCACCCAGUCCGAGCAAUGCCGGAGGCGGAGUAGCUAUGCUGGCUCAUCGUUGAGAGACAACGAGAGCCUUGGUAGCUCGCCUGCAGUUCCAGGCUACAUGGCCUACACGGAGUCCGCACGGGCUAGGUCACGGUUGCCUAGCCCGCAGGGGUCGGAGACGGGCGGUUCUGCAAAGAAACGACUGUCUUUCUCCGGUUCCCCUGCUCGACCUAGGAGGCAUUCGACUCCCACGAGGUCGGGUGCUAGCUAGCAUGAUUGGGAACUCAUAAUUGGUUCGGUGUUUUUGUUUUCCUUUGUAUGUGUGUGCAAGUGUUGUUAACAACUAACUCAAAACUCUGUGUUUCUUUCUGUAUUGUUGUGUGUUGAUUAUAAGUGUUGUUUCCCUUUGUAGUGUGAGUAUAAUUCCACUAAUUUA